AUGGCCCGCCGCCCGCACUCCACCUCCCCCGAGCGACCGGCGAAGAGAAUGAAGAUGGACCGCCUCACGCCAGACGACUACCGCAACGGCAUCUUUCUGGCACCCAUGGUACGGUCCGGAGCCCUCCCUACGCGCCUGUUCGCUCUCAAGCAUGGCGCGUCCUUGGUGUGGGGGCCGGAGAUUGUAGACAAAGCCAUCCUGCACGCCGAGCGCGUCGUAGAUCCCGACACCGGCAUCAUAUCCUACAAUGGCAAAUCUCGCUCCAUCUACCAAUGCUCCCCCGUCGAGAAGCCCUACCUCAUCUACCAGAUCGGCUCAGCCGACCCCGAGCUCGCCGUGCAAGCCGCCAAGGUCGUCAUGCACGACGUCUCCGGCAUCGACCUCAACUGCGGCUGCCCGAAGCCCUUCUCCACCCACGCAGGCAUGGGCGCCGCACUUCUCUCCACGCCCGACCUCCUGUGCUCAAUCCUUAGGGCUCUGAGGGAGGCCAUGCCACCCGAAAUCGCGGUCUCAUGCAAGAUUCGGCUGUUGUCGACGCAGGAGGAGACAUUGGCGCUGGUCGGGAAGAUCAUCGAGACGGGCAUCAGCGCGCUCACAGUGCACUGCCGCACGCGGAGCAUGCGCGAUCGCGACGCCGCGAUGAUCGAGCGGUUGAAAGAGAUCGUAGAUUUCGUUAAAGCGAGCGGAAAGGAUAUUGCGGUGGUGGAGAAUGGGGACUGCAAGGGAUACGAGGAUGCGAAGCGGAUACGGGAGAUGACGGGCUGCGACUCGGUCAUGAUCGCGCGGGCGGCAGAGUCUAAUCCUUCUUGCUUUUCCCCCACUCCCCUUGUCGAUGUCGAGAAGACACUCUACCCUGCGUACAUUCGUGUCGCCAAAUACGUCAACAAUCCCUGGCCCUUGACAAAAUUCUGCGUCGGCCAGUUCAAAGGCGCGCAUAUCGAGACAUCGAAGAAGGGCACGGUC